AGCACACAUUGGCUGCCACAGGAAAACGAAAUACAGGGAGCAGAGUGAAUGGGGAGGGAGAAGGAGAAGAGAAACUGCUUGUACAAGCACCAGAGGUGCUGCUGCAGAACAGAGGACAAGCGGGAAGCUUAGGUGAAAAACUUAAGGCUGUGUGAGCUUAUUCCUCCUUCAUUAGCACAGGUGAAAGGAGGGGAAUGCCCCGCAGUGCAGGAUGGGGCCUCAGUGAUCCCAGCGGGACAGGGCUGAGCUGAGGCUGCUGGAAGUGCUGCCAGGGCUGUGUCAUCAGCUGUCACCAGCCUGUCCCAGGUCUAAUCUGAGCUCGAGCUGCAGAGCUGAGACUGUUGACGGGGCAGAGCCGCCUGCUGUGUGCAGUGGGGAGCACAGCCGGGGGGUAAAUGCAGCAGUCACACCUCUUCCUACUGCAAGAGCAUCCAGGUUCUGCUUCCUGAUCUGUGAGCUGAGUGUUUCAGGGUUGAAAGAAAUAAUGCUUUUAUGGAUCUUAUGCCAAAACUUGCGACCAUGUUUGUGACAGCAAUUUCCCUUCCUCUGUCUGGUGCCAGAAGCAUUUUUGUUGUCCUAAUCCCCAGGCUCAGCAACUUCAACUGUGGAGCCUGAGCUGCUUUUCAGCCUGGAAGCAGCUUUGUACUCCAGGUCUCUGUAUUUAAUUAGAUCAGCUCAUGGAAAUCAAUGUGGUGGUUCACAUGCCGGGGUAGAGUUGUGUCCCAGGGUGAGACAUCAAAGAUCAGCCCAUUUAAUUUUUAUUCCCCUUUCACUUGCAAAUCCAAAGGAUUAUUUCCUUCUCUUCAGUUGCCAUAGCCCAGGGGAACUUUUAGUGCACACCUGCAUCUCUGGUGUCCCCCUCCAUGUCCCCGCUCCUGCCGGUGGCAGUGAUGGGGCUGACAGCUCCACUGCCUGGAGGGCGAGAUAGUUCCUUCACCUCUUCCCUGUAAAUCUGUACCAUGGCCUUGAGGGACAACCCGGGAGGUACCGACCGUUUCCUUUCUCAGAGCUGCACCCGUGUGUUUAACGAAUGGCUGGUGCCAAGAGCAGCAGCUGUUGUGGGGGUACAGAGCUGAUACAAAUCCUGCGUGUCUGCACCUCUUUGGGCCUUUCCAGGUUAAAUCAAGGCAAGUUCAUGCUCUCUGUUCAGCUUGCUGCGGUGGGUGCCCUCCUUGGAAACAGAGUAGUGUGCGACAAAUGCAAACAGCUAAUAAGAACAGACUAAGGAAACGUGCAGCGCUGGAAAUAGUUCCUUACAUAAAGGAGGACUAGUGCUUCAAGCUCAUUAUUGUCUUAAGGAGCAGGCACUUAGCUGCCUCCGACUCCUACGACGCAAACGGCAAUCGGCUUUGGGAGCCGGGCAGGUGCCACGUGGCACCGUGACACAGGCAGUGUCCUCGGGCAGCGGCUCCUCCGAGCUCCCACCCCUGUCCCUGCGCUGGGCAAGGGUGUCCCCAUGGAGCCAGAGCUGCCGUCCUGCAGCCCCUAGCGGGACUCACCGCGUCGGAGGGUCAGGCACAAUGAGGCAGCCGGGGCCGAGACGCGCGAGUCUGGCUGCCAGCCUGAAGAUCGGGGCUCGCCGGGGCCGCCGGACACCCGAGGAAGAGGAGGUCCACAUCCCCUUUGCGCAGGACAGCCUGGUGAAGCCAUGGAGCUCCAUGCAGAACGUGACGGACAGAAACCAGGAGAAAAGCAAGACUCCCAUCCAAAGGAACAAGUGCCUGCUCAACAUUAACGUGGGCGGCAAAUUGUUCCACAUCGCUUGCAAGGUGGUGGCCCGGUAUCCUGUCACCAGGCUGGGGAAGCUGGCGCUUCACACAGACCCCAUGAAGAAGCUGCAGCUCUGUGAUGACUACUCCGUGCAGAAGAACGAGUACUUCUUUGACAGAGAUCCUUCCAUUUUCCACUACAUCUUCCACUUCUACCGCAGUGGGGUCCUGUGGAUCAUGGAUGAGAUGUGCCCCAGUAACUUUGUGGAGGAAAUCGAGUACUGGGGAAUCCAUCUGAAAUACUCCCAGCGCUGCUGCCGGAUCCUGUUUGAGGAAAAACAAGAUGAACUCAGUGAGUACCUAAAAAUACAGAAGGAGCUGGAGGCAGAACUGGAGCCCCUGGACUCAGCAGGGCAGUUUGAGGGCAAAUUUCUGGGUCGGUUUCGGAAGAUGAUCUGGAACCUCACUGAGAACCCAUACUCUUCUGUCCCAGCCAAGAUCAUCGCUGUCAUGUCCAGCUUAUUUGUGCUUAUCUCCAUUGUGGGCAUGACACUGAGCACCGUGGAGGAGUUGAAACACAAGACCGGGAAGAGGUGGAUGGAGCAUCUGGAGAUGAUCUGUGCCAUCUUCUUCACUUCUGAAUACCUCAUGCGGCUCAUAUCCUCCUCCAACUUCAAGAACUUUUUGCGGGCAGCAUUUAACGCUGUAGACCUGGUGGCCAUCCUGCCCUUCUACGUCCAGAUCCUCUUUGAAAACCUGGACGAAGCAGACACGCUUUACCACGAGGAACUGCACCGGGUGGAGAACGUCAGCAAGCUGGGCAAAGUCCUCAAGAUCAUCAAGCUCAUGAGGAUCUUCCGCAUCCUCAAGCUGGCGCGCCACUCCACUGGCCUGCGGGCCUUUGGCUUCACCAUCCGCCAGUGCUACCAGCAGGUUUGCUGCCUCUUCCUCUUCAUCGCCAUGGGGGUCUUCACCUUCUCUGCUCUCAUGCACUCCGUGGAACAUGAUGUCCCAGGCACUAACUUCACCAGCAUCCCCUACGCGUGGUGGUGGGCAGCGGUCAGCCUCUCCACGGUGGGCUACGGAGACACGGUGCCUGACACAAUACUCGGCAGGAUAGUGGCAUUUGGCUGCAUAUCCUUUGGCAUCAUCCUCAACGGCAUGCCCAUCUCCAUCCUCUACAACAAGUUCUCUGACUACUACGCCAAGCUGAAGGCCCACGAGAACGAGACCAGCCACUCGCUCAAGCUCUCCAGGAGGUUCCGCCUGAAGGAGCGAGCCCUGCGGAAGCUGUCGGAGUGCUGCAGAGCUGACCCGCCCUGUCACCACUGACCUUCACCUCCAGACACCCCCCUGCCCUGACGUGUCCUGCCCUCCAGCCUGGCCGUGCCCAGCAGGUCCUGGCCCCUGGGGAGGCUCUGCUGCUGUCGUGCAGGUGCCACUGCCAGCUUGGGCUGUUUGGGUGGGAUGAAAUGUGCCCCUGAUGGUGUUGUGACUUUCCUCAAUAUCACGUGCUGGAGGCUGCUGUCCCGCAGCGUGGUCAGUGAAGGACCAGCUGACGCUGUACAGCCAAGGCAGGGUGUCUGUCUGUCUGUCAUGGUCAGGGGCAUGGGACACCCUGAGGACACGUGGAGUGAGCAGGGAGGGUGGAUGGGGCUGAACUCUGCCACCUUUCUAAGGAUGGCCCAUGUGGACACCUGUGAUGUGACGAAGGCCAGCGUGACACUGCGCAGGCACUGCUCUGCUCCCAGGUUGAGGGGACACAGACAGAGCCCUGUGACUGUCUCAGCAUUCAGCCCAGGCUGAGUCCAGCCUAACAGUUUGGGUAGAAGCCCCUAGAAAAGACCAGCUGUGCAUCCUUCCAACCAAGGCUGCUUUCCUCCCCCCUGCCCCGGAGCCUGGUCCUGGCUCGGGGUGCUGCUGCCAUGGAGCCGCAGGCACCCGGGGGUGCAGAGCUGGCAGUCACAGCAUCCCCAGAGACAGACGUUGAAUAAACCGGGCCAAAACCAUUCUCUGGCUCGGAUUAUUGACCAAA